CCUACUUUCCCUAAACCUAACUCCUAAAUCUAACCCAUAACCCUAAUUCUAAUCCUAACUGUAUCCCUAAACCUAAAAUAGUCUUUUUCCUUGUGGGAACCCCACUUCUCUGGAUUUUCCUCAUUUUACUAUCCUAAGAUUUCUGGUCCCCAUGAGGAUAGUAAAACCCCCCAAAAAACACACACACACAGUGAUUAAAUCAUACUGUAUUCUUGAUUUUUGGUUUGUUUAACUUCCAACAUUUGAGAUGAAAUGAAGCUCCUCUUUUCAACCAUCUGAUGGUGCUGUUGUAUUGGAAACAUUUCUUCCACUUGGACACGGCAAACCGUGAUUCUGCAAUGCUGCUAUAUUUAUUCAGUUUAUUCAGCCUGGUAAAAUGAUUAGAUAAACAUACAACUAGUUUUAAAUGACCAUUUAGGACUGACUUAGAGGUGGUUUUGGACUAUACGCAUGUGUACUGUAUGCUAUAGCAUGAUAAUAGUGCAAUGGCCAGGUUGAUGUCACCAGGUUGUUCCACUGAGUCUUCACAACACUCAAGGCCGUCUUAGUGUGUCUGUGAAGCUUCKUCAUGUCUUAUGAACAUACUCAUGAGCAUACUGUACAAGGAAUACAAAAAGUGCAGUUCACACAAAAAGUACAGAGAUUGGAAUAAGAUGACUAAAUGUGACUUGCCUGUGUCAGGGCUCUGUAUCUGUAAUGCUCCAUGGCACAGUCUUGUUGGCCACUUUUGAAAAGUAAACAGUUCUUUGUACAUUGCGAACAUAGUGACUCAGAGGUCAGUGGACUCUUCCUAUGUUCAAUCCAUUUCUGCCAGUCCCUGAGGACCUAAAGGAAUCCCCUCUAAUGCAGAGCAUGCAAACACAUUACAUACACACAAGAUGAAAGAAGUUAUUAUACUCUCCCUACUGGGGAUUCUGGGAAUGGGAAGGGGAUCUAAAGAUGAAUUAGUGUAUGUUMCUCUGGGGGGCAAAGCAGCCCAAUCCUCCACAUUCUAUGGAGGCACUGCAAAAAGAUCCAUUGAUGGAAUAUGGAACUCGACUUACGAAGAUCACUCCUGCAGCCACACUUUGGGAGAGACCAACCCCUGGUGGAGAGUGGACRUGCCYGAGACAUACCAAGUCACCUCCGUCAGUCAUCAUCACCAACAGAGAUACUUCAGCAGAGAGGAUCAACGGGGCUGAGAUCCGCAUUGAAACUCCCUGGAGAACAAUUGUAACAGUAACCCCAGUAUGCUCAUGAGUAUGUUCAUAAGACAUGAMGAAGCUUCACAGACACACUAAGACGMCCUUGAGUGUUGUGAAGACUCAGUGGAACAACCUGGUGACACAUAAAACUCCUACAUGGGGUCUCUGACAAUGUCGUAGAUGGAAGACGCCUCUCCAUGUACAAAGACAAAUCAUGCAGCCGCACCAAGUCCCAAGUCAACCCAUGGUGGAGGGUGGACUUGCAGCAAACUUAAAACAUCACCUCCAUAACAGUCACCAACAUUGAAGACGUUGAUCCAGAGAUGAUCGAUGGUGCUGAAAUCCACUUUGGAAACUAUCUGCAGAAUAACGGCAACAACAAUCCAUUGUGCGCUGUCAUGUCCUCAUAUCCCGCGUGGGAGGUCAUGACCUUUCAGUGCAGAGGGAUCGAGGGUCACUAUGUGAACGUCUUCUUGCCGGGCUGCAAUAAAGACCUGUCACUGUGUGAGGUGGAGGUGAAUGUGGGCAGCCAUCCAGAUAUAGACAAACAUCUUUCCUCUGAGAGGAGGGUGCAAGAUAUGAAGAGAGGGCAAAACAUUCUAUGCCUACAUCAUAAGACUCAAUAUGAGAGUGCAGCCACUGGCGGGAUAGCCAGUCAGUCGUCGCAGUGGGACAAGUUUGGAAAUGCCAACAAUGCCAUUGACCUGAACUYGACCAAUUGGUAUCUGGAGGGGUCCUGCAGCCACACGAAAGCAGAUAUCGACUCCUGGUGGUGGGUGGACCUGAGCAAGACCCACAACGUCACCUACGUCACCAUUACCAACAGAGGGGACUGCUGCUCCGACAGGAUCAGUGGAGCAGAGAUCCACGUUGGGYACUCACUGUUCAACAACGGCAAUAGCAACCCACUGUGACUUAUCUUCGUAACACAACUUCUGGCUGGCUACACAACGCACUAUGUGUCAUCRCAGUAACACAAUUCUCCCUUAAACAACACAGCCAUCUCCAUAACUCAUCAUCAUCAACUAUGAGAAUUUAACCAGACUUAAAGGGGCAAUCCGGAGUUGAAACAAUAACAAACGGUUCUCCCAGACUAGGGAUGGGUCUGGAGAAAUGUAACCACUCUUAAAUUCAUAGACAUAGCUAUGGAUGCAAGGACUGACCAUCUGUGAAAUUAAAAUUAUAGUUGAAACCA